UUCACUCGUGGUGCGAGGUGGCGGUCGGGGGUUGCUCCAGUUUUCCACGACAUAUGUUCAAACACCAGAGAUGAGCUGGUUUGACACUGCUGGCUUUGCCAGUUUGGCAAAGUCAGCACUCAAAGAGGCCCAGAAAACUUUUGAUAAGGCCCUGGACUUGGAAUCUGUGGAUGAAAAGGGACCUGAAAGUGACAGCAAAGACAAAGGGGACUCGGACAGUUUCUUCUCGGCGUUUGGUCUGGGCUCGUCGUCGGUCAGCUCCGGCGAUGUGGCCACCGUGUCCGACCAUUCGGCCAGCUCGCUCUGGGGCUCGUUCGGCGCCUCCCUGCUGAAGGACUCCCAGUCAGGCGAGUCGCCGGUGGUAGAGGGUCAGCCGGCCUCCUCGGCUGGCGCGUCCGGCCCCCACGAUCCCGCCCGCCAGACCAACGGCCUCCGCAGCGUGCUGGUGGUGGCGCCGUCCACCUCCGACUCCGCGCCGCAGCCGCUCUCGCCCGGCACCGCCGGCACGCCCGAGUCGAUCGAGGUGCUGGACGAGGCCGACGUCGGCCUCGAUGGCGGCGAGGCGCCGGCGGAGAGUCUGCACAGCUCCAACUCCAGCUGCCACACGCUGGUCGGCGACUCCGGGGAGCAGGCUGCUACGAGCAGCGACUCAGUAGAACCCGUUGUGACCGGCGGCGACUCACUGGAGCACUUUACCUCCUUCAACGAAUCGGCGGAGACGGUGACGAACGACUCGAUCGGGCCGGCGAGCUGCAGCCUGGGCUCGGAGGAGCCCGGCGGCCGCGGCGUGUCGCCGCACGAGUCGGGUCACACGUCUGCCGACGAGAUCGAGACGGCCACCUCGUCGGACGUCGAGGUGCUGGCCAGCCCGCAGACGGAGGAGGUGCUGGCCGCGCGCGAGGCCAAGAUGGUCGAGCUCAGCCGGCUCAACGUCACCCUGCAGGAGGACAACAGCAACAUGCAGAGGUGGGCGCUGACGCCGGAGGCCCGCCGGCGCUGCGCCGAGCUGGAGGAAGCCCUGCUCGAGCGGGACGCCACUGCCGACGAGCUGCGCGCCGAGGGCGAGAAGCUGAGCAGGGAGCAGCUCAAACUCAACACGGUCAUCAAGCGGCUGCGAGUCAAGGAGCGCGAGCAGGAGGCGGCCUCCAAGAGACACGAGGAGAAGGUGGCCCGCCUCACGUCCGAGGUGGCCGCCCUCGGCGAGCAGGUGGCCUCGCUCACCGAGGCCGACCGCGAGCACGGGCGCGUGGCCGAGCUGGAGCGGCGCAGUCAGGAGCAGGACUCACAGGCGGCCUCGCUGGCCCUCUCGGCCGAGAUCCAGGCUAAGCAGGAGCUGGAGAAAUCGCUAGCCGAGUACAGGAGCGCUGUUACCAGGGAACAUGAUGAGCUGCUGGCGCAGAUCGAGGACCUCCGGCUGAGCGUGCGCCGCGCGGAACGGGAGAACGCCAGCCAGCUCAGCACGCCGCGCACCUCGCCCACGCCCAGCCUGGCGCGCAUCUCCUUCUCCAGCUCUUUCCACGAACUGGCGGCCCGGCAGGCCGGCACCUCGGGUGCCGCCACCGUCGUCGAGUCGCUCUCCGCGCAGCUCAAGCAGAAGGAAGGUGAGCUGAACCAGCUGCGCGCCGAGCGCUCGGACCAGGAUACGAUGUAUGGCGAGAAGGCGGAGGAAAGCGAGGAGCUCAAGCUGGACCUGGCCGACGUCAAGGAGAUGUACAAACAGCAGAUCGACCAGCUGACCAAGCGCUCCUGA